GACCGCCAUCUUAAAAUUGGGAGGGAACGAAAGGGACGAAUGAAGUGAGAGCGUACCGGAAGUGGAGCGAGGGGAGAGGAAGUGAGGGAGAGAAGAAGUUGCCACUUGGCCCUUGACUGAAGCGGCUUGUGAUGGCGGCGGUGGCUGGAGCGUGAGGGGACUCAGCCUGAAGCCUCGUCCUCGGAGGCGGCUGGGGUCCUGCGGCGGAGGCCAGGCGGGUGCCUCUGGGCCCGUGAGGCUGGGCACUCCGGGGCCCAUGAGGCUGCCUCCCCUCCUGGAGCCCUGAGCCGAACCGGAGCCGGCCAUGGAUGACUUCGUGUCCAUCAGCCUGCUCUCCCUGGCCAUGCUGGUGGGCUGCUACGUGGCCGGGAUCAUCCCGCUGGCCGUGAACUUCUCCGAGGAAAGAUUAAAGUUGGUCACAGUUCUUGGUGCUGGGCUCCUUUGUGGAACUGCCUUGGCUGUCAUUGUGCCUGAAGGAGUACAUGCACUUUAUGAAGAUGUUUUGGAGGCAAAGCAUCACCCAGCCAGUGAGACUCAAAAAAUGGUUGAAUCUGAGAAAGUAGCUGAAGUACCAGAUGUGCAUGUCCAUGACCACAGCCACGACCAUUCAAGGUUACAUGCCUAUAUUGGUGUUUCCCUUGUCCUUGGCUUCGUCUUCAUGCUUCUGGUAGAUCAGAUUGGCAGUUCUCAUGUCCACCCUGCAGACGACCCAGAAGCUGCAAGGUCCGGCAAUUCCAAAAUUACUACUACACUGGGACUGGUUGUUCAUGCUGCAGCUGAUGGUGUUGCCUUGGGUGCAGCUGCUUCCACAUCUCAGACCAGUGUCCAGCUAAUAGUGUUUGUUGCAAUUAUGUUACAUAAGGCACCGGCUGCCUUUGGCCUUGUCUCUUUUCUCAUGCAUGCUGGUCUUGAAAGAAAUCGAAUCAGGAAGCAUUUGCUAGUUUUUGCACUAGCAGCGCCUGUUUUGUCAAUGGUGACCUACCUGGGACUAAGCAAGAGCAGCAAAGAAGCACUUUCAGAAGUCAAUGCAACUGGAGUUGCCAUGCUCUUCUCUGCUGGAACUUUUCUGUAUGUUGCCACAGUUCAUGUUCUCCCAGAAGUGGGUGGAAUAGGACAUAGCCACAAACCAGAAUCUACUGGAAGAAAAGGACUCAGUCGCCUGGAGGUGGCAGCAUUGGUUCUGGGCUGUUUGAUCCCACUAAUUUUGUCCAUUGGACACCAACAUUAAAGGUCCUGAGUCUAGUGGUCUUCUCAGUCUGGUGUGAGCAGCAAUCAAGUGUCAGCCGCUCUUUUAUCAUUGUCUCUCUUACCCCGUUAACCAUCCCAUCUAUUUUAAGGAGCUGGAGAGAAGCAUGAUGACAUGAGAGAAUCCUGGGGAAACUUUCAGCAUUGCAGGACAGUACUCUUGACAGAUGGAUAUACAUUCUGCAUAACUUCCCUUUUCUGAAGAUACUUUAGUUAUGACUUCCUGCCCUAUUCUCAGGGAAGUUGAAAUUUAAAGAUUAUUUGGGAAGAACUCGGUCGCUCAUUGUGAAAUCGUAAUCUAAGUAUUUCCAUACAUUGGCAUUUGCAGCUGACCUCUUGACAUUAAAUUCUGCCUUCAAAAAUGUGGUCAUCUCUUUUCACUAGGUGGUGAUGGCAUGGACAGUCUUAGGAGGAUGUGUCCAGUGAAUAAAUGUUUGUGGAAGAAAGUCCUUGGCAAGAUUUGUAUGCAUUUAAAAGCUUGAUAGGAUUCCUGCAUUGAAUUAUUAGGAAGCACAUGUUUUCAGAGUGUAACAAUCUAUAUAGUAGAUUGAGGAAGCUGUGUAGACCUGGAGUUUAGGUUGUUCUGAUCUCUAAGGAGCCAGUGCCCUUUGAAAGAGGCACUGUACCCAAUUCAUUUACAAAUGGUUAUUCUAUAAAAUAGAAUAAGGGAAGGACUGGCUAGGAAGAAUGAAGGGUCCCUAAAGCAUCAACUUCUGCAAAAGAAGAGAUCAUAAUACCUAAUGUUAUCACAAGCAAGAAAUAUUCUGCUUUACUGUGAACCUGUUUGAAUUGAGCCUCUCUGAAUUUUUUCAAUUGACCCUAAGUGUACAUGUAAUUCUGGAAUGCAGUGCUGCAUUAGUGCCUUUCUAUGAAAGAACUGCUACCUAUGGGCUAUUACUUUGUUGCAUUAUGAAACAAAUUGUAAAAGUCAUAGACAGAAAUCUUAAGUCAUUUGAAGGUAGUAGACUCUUGGCACACAUUUUAAUCAGUUUUCAGUCUAUCACAUUGCCAAAAGUUCUUCAGUUAAUAGUAACAAUUUCAGUAUUUGCAAAUAAGUGAAAAUGUGACUGGACUGAUUGCUGUAGUCCUGAUUAUUCAGUAUGAUCGAUCUGUUCCCCCUCUAUCUCCUUACAGCUCUACAGCCCACAUAAUUUGGAUCUCUUAUUCACAUUCUGUCAGUUCAGCAGAGAAUAAUACUAUGGUGAUCUCUGCUUGCUGAUUUGCUGUUUAAGCUGCAGCAGCAAUCAAGAUGAGGACUUCACUGGAGAACCUGCUUUUCUGUGUGGGAAGCUUAAUUUUUUUUUGAAAAUUUUAAAAACAGCACAGAAUACUGUAUGUGUAGUCUAUCCUGAAGGUUACUUAUAGAUUGGAUCUGUAAUUGAUUUUAGAUACGAAAGCCAGCACAUCAGGACUACUCAGUCCAUAAAUGGAUCUACUAGAAGCUUUGAUAAAGUGUAUUUGGUGUCUUUCUGUUAUUUAAACAUGUGCCUGGAGAUAAAAGAAUAUAGGUAAUGUCAAAAACGUGGUGAUGGGCCAAAUCAUUUGGCAAGAUUGUUACAUCUGAGGUUGUGAAUGCCUGCUUUACAUGGUUUUUAAAAUAGUAACAUGUAAAAGGGUAUAAAUACGGUUAGGUAUUAUAUUACAAAGGUCCAGAACACAUUGCGGAAAUAAUCCAGUUUGAGACUGCUUUAAUUGCCCUGACUCAAUGCUAGGGAAUUCUGGGAACUCUUAAUUUUGUGAGACAUUUAGCCUUCUCUGUCAGAGAGCUCUGGUGCCACAAUAAACUACAAUUUCCGGGAUUCCUUAGCACUGAGCAGGGCAGUUCAAGUAGUUUCAAACUGGAUAAUUUGUGCAAUGUGUUUUGGACCAUGCUCAGUUGAGCAACAAGAAGCAACUAUAUAUCUGACUUGUGAGCAAAGAUGGUGUGUAUGUACAUCAGAUCUGCAUACAUGUUUUACAGUACAGUUGACAUAAGCAUACAGUAUUUAAAGGUGACUACUGUUUGUAGUGGUGUGCAAGAUAACAAGAAGACUAUUGCUGAGUAGACAAGGAGGGGAAUGAUAGCAAAAUGAAAAUUUUGAGAAAACAAUAGACUGGAGCUGAAUAGUCAAACCUGCAAGAAAUACUUGGUAUAUCGAAGAUGCUAUGAAAGUUUCAUUUUCCUGGGAUUUGAAUAGUUCAGAGUACAUAUCAGACUACUGUUUGGAAAAGUUGGCCAGAACCUGCCUAUAUUGGAUCGUGUAUUUAAGAAAAUAUCUACCCAUUCUAACUACUUGGCUCACUAGUUUGGGGCCUGGUACCUUUGAUUUUUUAUGCAAAUAUAUUGUUUGCAUAACAUGCUAAGCUUGGGAGAAGCAAGACAUGAAGCAGUGUAACAGGCUUGUGAGGCUAAAAUCUUGAUUAAGUACAUGUGGUGAGAAGGCUGCCUUGCUUUUUCAUCUAUGUUAAACUGAUAGCAUGGUACCACAAAAAAAUGUCCACUAGCAGGAAAAAAAUUAAGAUUAUAAAAGAUGUGGCUUUUAAUUUUUUCUAGCCAUGAGAAGUUUAACUUUAAGGAACAUUCUCAUUUGGAGUAAGCCAAUGUCUUCUUUGCCCACCCAAAAAAUUAUCACUCAAAAUCAAGGCUUUUUCUAGUCUGAUUCUGUUCUUCAUAAUCACACAUGAAUUCUAGCGUAACCUUCACAGUAGACUACUGGGAGCCAUCAACUAUGGAAAGAGAUAAAUUAUUUACAGCCUCAUAAAUUUCUGUUAUUUCUUCUCUCUGAAUCAGUUGUGGCAUGCGUUGAAAAUAGAAAUCAGUUUAGGAUUAAACUAUUACCUUUUUGCAACAUUAUUUUCAGUAAUUUCACCGAAUAUAAUGCCAUUCUUAAAGGGUUGAUAUCUUGCCUAAUUUAAUUAAAGAAAUUUAGCUUAUAAUACCUGAAAGGAGUCAAGAGUGACCAUAUCAAGGGAGUGUAGAAUUGCCAAACAUGGCAAGAUGCUGUUUGGAAUUUCUAAAAUUGCAGAAAAUUACUUGGUUUAUGAGGGAGGGCUCAAAUUGUCUUUUCAGGUAUAUUCAGUGAUAGCUAGUUUCAUUCUUCAUAGCCAGUUGUAUUGGAAUGGGGAAACUUGAAUUUGUGUAUUGUGCUGCUGUGUAAAACACUCUUUAUGAUGAACCACAGGAGACUUGGGAAAACCUUUACAGUGACAUUCAGAAGAGAAUUCAUUUCAAAAAGAGAUGAAAUUUUCCAUGCUUCAGUUAUGUCUCUGAACAGCUGUGACUUGUGGGCACAGUCUUCCCUAAACACAGCUGUAUACCUAAUUCUGUGUACUAAAGUGUAAUUUUAAUGUAUUUUUCAGAUCAUUUGUACACACAAAAUCAUUCCAUGGAUGGCUGCCUUAUUUUUGAUUUUUUUCCACUUCAAUUGUGAACAGUUUAAAAAAAAUGUUUUUAUUAUAUUAAAAUUUUUAUUAGCUGCA